CACCUCCCCACCUCGCCGGCGGCGAACCCACCGGCGGCGACCGACCGACCGAUCGAUCCGUCCAUGGCGCCGGCAGAAGGCAAGGACGCGUCCCCUCCUCCCCGUCCUCCCCCACCUGCCCCCGCCGGGCCCGCGCUCCCCGGCGGCGCGGAGGAGUACGUGCGCGACUCCAUCGAGGCCUCGCUCGGCCUCCCCGUGCCGGACCGCUCGCUCCGCGCCAAGCUCGCCGCCUACGAGGACCUGCGCCGCCGCCUCCAGGACCGCGUCUUCGCGCUCGAGGAGGACCUCCACGCCGCCGCCCGCCGCAUCGACCUCCUCAAGAACGAGUCGGUGAUGAACGCGGAGGGGAUCCGGCGCUGCGUGGAGGAGAAGGAGGCGGUGGCGGCCGCGCGCGACCAGCUCGCCGCCCACGCCGCCAGGCUCGAGAAGGAGUGCGGCCUCUACGAGCGCGACCUCGAGCGCGCCAUGGAGUCCUGCGACGAGCUCGCCAGGGAGAGCGACGACCUACGCAAGCGCCUCCGGGACGCCCCCGACGUUACUGCACUGAACAAGGAAGUGGAAGCCCUGCAGAGAGACAAGGAGAUACUGAGGACCAAUCUAAACAAAGCAGAGGAGGAGGUUAAGCUGCUAUUCGAGGAGAACACAGCUCUGGACGAGGCGAACAAGAGGCUGCUGUGCUUGCUGGAGAAGGAGCAGAAGCAUCGGUCCGAAAGAGAGCACUCCGCCAGUAAUUCCACCAAGCAGAAGCGCAAGUCGUCGAGCCUGAAGGACACGAGCCCGGUCGGCCUGGCCAUCGAUUUCAACAGCACAGACGCGUCGAGGCAGCCGCUGUCCCCCUUGCAGCCAAACUCUCCAGACUGCAGGGUGCACAAGAAGUGAACCCAGCCGGCCGUCCCGACAUUCUCUUCUGGAUGGCUUGAACUGAAGCGAACUGAACAAUCCAUCCACCCUUAUGCAUCUGGGCUGCUUGCCUCAUCUGACUAACUCGCUGGGUUAAUUUGGUUGGUUCUUGUCGGUAGAACCUCGGUCAUGUAGCCUGCAUUUUCCAUUUUCUUCUUCCUCCUCUUGGUAGCAAGCUGCCUGUGUCUAUCAUGAUCCUUUGAUGAGAAAAAAAAUUAGGAGUGUUAUUAUCUUAGUGGUUUCGUGUCUGUGAUGAGCAUGUAAGAGACUGUUAUGGUAGCACUAAUCAACCCGUAUCGUGGUCACUUCGUCGUGUUUCCAUAUCA